AUGCCGGCGCUGGUCAUCGGCACGGGGCUCGGCCCCAAGCAUGUCGGCUUGUCGCCGUGCGCCCCCGCGGGCGUCAACCACACCGAGUUCUAUGAUGAGUGCGCGCCGCCGCGGUACCACGUCGUGGUGAGCGACUACGGGCACCUGGACAUGCUGGACGACGACGGCGUGCCCUACGUCAUCAACAACAGCAUGUGCAUGAGGAACACCAAGGACCUCGCCAGGAGGGCCAUCGGGGGCGCCAUGGUGGCGUUCCUCAGGGCCAAGCUGGAGGACCACGACGAGGAUCUCAAGGCCGUGCUCGAGAACAGCCCUGGGCUCUCGCCGGCGGUGCUCGACCCAGUUGAAUAUGACUUGGCUUGA